AUGAAACAGCGAUUUGAAAUUGCACCAUUAAUAGUAGAAUCAGAAAAUCUAACGAAGGUGCAACUAAAUAAGCUUAUCAAAGAUCAUCUACCAGAAGUAAAAAUAUCAAAUAUACAGCAAAGCAGACAAAAAUCAUUUACAUUAUACUCAAUUGAUGUAAAAUCAUUUAAUUGCUUACUGAAUGAUCUCACCGCUAUUAUUCAAACAAAUACAAAUCAACAAGUAGUAAUUUAUAUUCCAAAAUCCAUACAAAGAAUAUUAGAUAACAAUAAAGAAGCAUAUGUAAAACAAAUAGAUCUAGAAAUAACAGAAGAUGAAAUCAAGCAAGUACUUGAAGAACAAGGUUAUAAAGCUGAGAAGAUUACACGUCUAGUUAAUAAAGACAAUGAACCUUUAAAAACAAUUAAAAUUACGUUUAUUAAUGCAUAUAAUAGAGAUCUCUUCGUCAAACUUGGUCUUCAAAUAGACUCAAUGCACUUCAGUGCAGAACCAGCGAAAUACAACAAUAAGCCCGCACAAUGCUUUAAAUGUUUCAAAUUUGGACACAUUGCAAAAUAUUGCAAAGCAGAAAAACAAAUAUGUUCUAGAUGUGCAGAAGAAAAUCAUACACAUAUUAAUUGUCCGAAUCUUCAGGGAAGUCCUGUAUGCAGAAAUUGUAAAGGUGGUCAUACUGCUACAUCUACCGAAUGUUCAAAAUAUAAAGAAUUCCAACAAAAAAUACAGAAAACAAUCGAUCAAUAUUCCUCAACUUCAAAAGUAGCAAGAACACCAGCACCAAAUAAUAAUUGGAAUAAUCUGGAAGAAUUUCCGCAACUCAAAUCUAUCGAUAAUAUAAAUUUAAUUGAAAAAAUUACCGAACAAAUCAUUUCAGCAGUUGAACAAGCAACUCAAAGAAUUUUUGAAACUCUGAAUAAAAAAUUUCAAACACUGGCUAACAAACUAGGAUUUGAUAUUGAAAUAGAUGCUGAAGCAGAAUUAGAAGAAACUGUACGUAUUAAAAACAAUAUAAAUAAAAAUUUAGGACAAACAUCACCACGAAAUGAAUUAUAUGAAACAAACAAUAAUCAAAAUGAAACUCCUGGAAUUGGGAUCAAACGAAAGGAUAUUUCACCAAAUAUUUUGUCCCAAAAGUCGAAAAACUUAAAUACAAAUCAAUCAUUAUAG